CGCACCCAAAGGCGUCUCUCAGCCAGCCAGCUUUGCCCAGUCGUCUCGUACAAGGCACACAAAAUGGCGUCGGCUCCCGAUUACAGCUCCUACAGCCAGUCUGGUUCUCAACAAGGGUAUGCGUCUUAUGCUGCCCAGCCCUCACAAGCUUAUGGACAAUCUGCUCAGCAGCAGAGUUACGGCCAGCAGAAUUAUGGAUCCUAUGCCCAACCUGCUGCUGCUGCUGCUGAUGGCACAUACACCCAGACAACUCCAGCUGCUGGUUACACUCAACCACAGCAGCCACAACAAUACAGUUCCUCCUAUGGUCAGCCAGCCCAAGCUGGAUAUCCUGCUGCCCAGUCGACAGCUCAUGGUUACACCCAGUCAUCCCAGGGUUAUGGAGCACAAGCUUAUGACGGAACUCCUGCUGCAGCUGCCGCCGCAGCCGCUGUUGCUGCUGCUCCAGCUGCCUCCCAGUCUUACGGGUCUCAACCUGGAUAUUCUGCUCAGUCUGCAUAUCCUGCUUAUGGUCAACAGCCGGCUCCUACUGCACCACAAAGUUAUAAUGCCAACAGCCAGCCUUCUACUUACAACCAAAACAGCUACCCUCAGCAGGCAGGCUAUGGCCAGCAGCAACCUGGAUACCAGGGCCAGCAGUCAAGCUACAGCCAGCAGCAGAGCGGGUACCAGCAGCAGGCCCAGCAACAACAGGCCCCUCCUGCUUACCCACCCCAAGCUGCAGGUUCCUAUGGGCAGCCCCCAACCAGCCAGUAUGGCCAGCAAGGUGGACCACCCAGCUAUCAGUCCAACCAUUACAAUAAUUACAGACAGGAUGGUCAGGGUGGGGGUUCUGGUUACUCAGAACCUUCAAGGUACCCCGGUGGAGGAGAUGGCAGGGGCCCUGGCCGUGAUGGUUUUGAGAGAGGAGGAAUGAUGCACCGUGGGCGUGGUGGCAUGGGUCGAGGCAUGGGCAGCGCUGGAGACAGAGGUGGCUUCAGUAAGCCUGGUGGACACAUGGGCAGUGACGAGCGUGAGAUGGGACGCCCUGAAGAGCAAGAUGAUGCAGAGAACUGUGCUAUCUACAUCACCGGCUUGACUGAGAAGGCUAACAUUGAAGAGAUGGCUGAAUUCUUUAAACAUGUUGGCCCAAUUAGAUUCAAUCGCAGGCUUGGCCAGCCUGCCAUAAACAUCUACACAGACAAGGAUUCAGGGAAGCCCAAGGGAGAUGCCACCCUCUCCUAUGAGGAGCCAAUCUGCGCCAAAGCUGCUGUGGAACACUUUGAUGGGAAGGAAUUCCAGGGUCGCAGGCUCAAGGUGUCAAUGGCACGGCGUAAGCCCCAGAUUGGAGGGAUGAGAGGAGGCAUGCCCAUGCGUGAUGGCAUGAUGGGCCGUGGAGGUAUGGGCCGCGGAGGAGAGCGUGGUGGAUUCAUGCCUCGAGGUGGCCCUCGUGGUAUGGGCAGAGGUGGGCCCACAGGAGGCAACAUGCAGCAGCGAGCUGGAGACUGGGAAUGUCCCAAUCCGGGUUGCGGCAACCAAAACUUUGCCUGGAGGAUGGAGUGCAACCAGUGCAAAGCUCCUAAACCUGAGGGGAUGGGCGGUGGUCCUCCAUUUCCUCCUGGAGGUGAAAGAGGCAGAGGAGGAAUGGGAAUGCGUGGGGGUAGGGGCAUGGACCGUGGUGGACCUGCAGGAGGCCCAGGUGGCCCCGGGGGAUUCCGUGGAGGCUGGGGAGGCGAUCGUGGUGGAUUCAGAGGUCGUGGUGGCAUGGACAGAGGUGGUUUCCGUGGUGCUGGCCGUGGAGGACCACCCAUGGGUGGCAGAGGACGGGGAAUGGGCCCACCGGGUGGCAAAAUGGAUAUGAGGGAUCAUCGCCAGGAGCGCAGGGAGAGACCCUAUUGAAGUUCUUGAUCGCUCAUUGCCAUACUGUAUGGAAUUUUAAGAUGACAAUUAAUUUAUGAUUCCAUAUGUGAUGGUUAUCUUAACUACUCAACAGUUUCAACUUCCUUUUUUAUUUUACCUGUUCUAGUUUGUUUAUAUGACACCUUGUAAUGUGCAUGUUUUUUUUAAAUACAGCUUAGUUUUGUCAUUGUAUCAUUAAUGCAAUAUUUGUUGUUGCCUGCCCUUUUCCUUCAAAUAUUGUAGAGGGGAAUAAAGUUUUACUGAUAUGUGUA